AUGAGUGGUGCUAUUGACCCUGAGCGUGAGCAUGCGUUGGAAGAAUACAAGAAGAAGCUCCUUGAGUCAAGGGAAUGGGAGGCUAAGCUAAAAGCCCUGAGGUUAGAGAUAAAAGGGCUGGUACGAGACUUUGAUGUGUCGGAAGACAAUAUCAAAGCUCUGCAGAGUGUCGGUCAGAUUAUAGGAGAGGUUCUAAAGCAGCUUGAUGAGGAACGGUUCAUCGUGAAAGCAUCUUCGGGGCCUCGAUACGUGGUGGGAUGCCGAUCGAAAGUUGACAAAGCAAAACUCAAGCAGGGUACACGUGUCGCCCUGGACAUGACCACUCUGACCAUAAUGCGAAUGCUGCCACGAGAAGUCGAUCCGUUGGUGUAUAACAUGUCGUUGGAGGACCCAGGGCAAGUGAACUUUGGAGGCAUCGGUGGUCUUAAUGAGCAAAUUCGUGAGCUUAGAGAGGUCAUAGAGCUGCCGCUGAAGAAUCCAGAGCUCUUCUUGCGAGUAGGUAUCAAGCCUCCUAAGGGCGUGCUCCUUUACGGACCACCAGGUACUGGGAAGACUCUUCUGGCUAGAGCUGUUGCCAGCAGUCUGGAAACCAACUUCUUGAAAGUUGUGUCAUCCGCAAUCGUUGACAAAUACAUUGGAGAGUCAGCACGUCUCAUUCGCGAGAUGUUUGGGUACGCAAAGGAACACGAACCCUGCAUUAUAUUCAUGGAUGAGAUUGAUGCUAUUGGUGGUCGUCGUUUUUCCGAAGGCACCUCCGCCGACCGCGAGAUUCAGCGAACGCUAAUGGAGCUGCUAAAUCAGUUGGAUGGUUUUGAUUAUCUGGGAAAGACAAAAAUCAUCAUGGCCACAAAUAGACCAGAUACUCUAGAUCCUGCGCUCCUCCGAGCCGGUCGUUUAGAUCGAAAGAUAGAGAUCCCGCUACCCAACGAGGUUGGUCGACUGGAGAUCAUGAAGAUUCACGCAGCUGGCGUGCAGACCGAGGGCGAGAUUGACUUUGAAAGUAUUGUCAAGAUGAGCGACCAGUUCAAUGGCGCAGAUUUGAGGAACAUUGUCACAGAAGCUGGUUUGUUCGCUAUCAAGGACUACCGCGACGCCAUAAAUCAAGAUGACUUCAAUAAGGCUGUGCGGAAGAUGGCAGAAUCGAAGAAGUUGGAGGGUAAGCUAGAAUAUCAGAAGUUGUGA